UUUUACAGUCAUUGACCCAGGACUCAUUUUCAGGAAAAGAGCUUCCGUCAAAAUGGUAAAAUAAUGGAGUGAGGAAUUUGAACAUUUUAUCUUUGGAUGGAAAUCUGAGAAUGAAAAGAGCCAUUAACUCAAGCCAUGUGGUAAAAGCAGGAAUUUGAGGAAAAUGGAAAUGUUUAUCUUUUGGGGGACAUGUUUUUUUCUACCACUCAUAAGAGGGCACAGUCUCUUCACCUGUGAACCAAUUACUGUUCCCAGAUGUAUGAAAAUGACCUACAACAUGACAUUUUUCCCUAAUCUGAUGGGUCAUUAUGACCAGAAUACUGCUGCUGUGGAAAUGGAGCAUUUUCUUCCUCUUGCAAAUCUGGAAUGUUCACCAAAUGUUGAAACGUUCCUUUGUAAAGCCUUUGUACCAACAUGCGUAGAGCAAAUUCACGUGGUUCCACCUUGUCGUAAAUUUUGUGAAAAAGUAUACUCUGAUUGCAAAAAGUUAAUUGAAACGUUUGGAAUCCAGUGGCCUGAGGAACUUGAAUGUGACAGGUUACAAUACUGUGAUGAGACUGUUCCUGUGACUUUUGAUCCACACACACAGUUUCUUGGUCCUCAGAAGAAAACAGAACAAGUCCAAAGAGACAUUGGAUUUUGGUGUCCAAGGCACCUGAAGACUUCUGGGGGACAAGGCUAUAAGUUUCUGGGAAUUGACCAGUGUGCCCCUCCAUGUCCCAAUAUGUAUUUUAAAAGUGAUGAACUAGAAUUUGCAAAAAGUUUUAUUGGAAUAGUUUCAAUAUUUUGUCUUUGUGCAACUCUGUUCACAUUCCUCACUUUUUUAAUUGACGUGAAAAGAUUCAGAUACCCAGAGAGACCAAUUAUCUAUUACUCAGUCUGUUACAGCAUUGUGUCUCUUAUGUACUUCAUUGGAUUCUUACUGGGCAAUAGCACUGCCUGCAAUAAGGCAGAUGAGAAGCUGGAACUUGGUGACACAGUUGUUCUGGGCUCUCAAAAUAAGGCUUGCACCGUUUUGUUUAUGUUUUUGUAUUUUUUCACCAUGGCAGGCACCGUGUGGUGGGUGAUUCUUACCAUUACUUGGUUUUUAGCUGCAGGAAGAAAAUGGAGUUGUGAAGCCAUUGAACAAAAAGCAGUGUGGUUUCAUGCUGUGGCCUGGGGAAUACCAGGCUUCCUGACCGUUAUGCUUCUUGCUAUGAACAAAGUUGAAGGCGAUAACAUUAGUGGCGUUUGCUUCGUUGGCCUCUAUGACCUGGAUGCUUCACGCUACUUUGUACUUUUGCCACUGUGCCUCUGUGUGUUUGUUGGGCUGUCCCUUCUUUUAGCUGGCAUUAUUUCCUUAAAUCACGUUCGACAAGUCAUACAGCACGAUGGCCGGAACCAAGAGAAACUAAAGAAAUUUAUGAUUCGUAUUGGAGUUUUCAGUGGCCUGUAUCUUGUGCCGUUAGUGACACUUCUCGGAUGUUACGUCUACGAGCAAGUGAACAGGAUCACCUGGGAGAUCACGUGGGUCUCUGACCAUUGUCGGCAGUAUCAUAUCCCAUGUCCUUAUCAGGCAAAAACAGAAACUCGACCAGAAUUGGCUUUAUUUAUGAUAAAAUAUCUGAUGACAUUAAUUGUUGGCAUCUCUGCUGUCUUCUGGGUUGGAAGCAAAAAGACAUGCACAGAAUGGGCUGGGUUUUUUAAGCGAAAUCGCAAGAGAGACCCAAUCAGUGAAAGUCGAAGAGUACUACAGGAGUCAUGUGAAUUUUUCUUAAAGCACAAUUCCAAAGUGAAACACAAAAAGAAGCACUACAAACCAAGUUCCCACAAGCUGAAGGUCAUUUCUAAGUCCAUGGGGACCAGCACAGGAGCGACAGCAAAUCAUGGCACUUCUGCAGUAACGAUCACUAACCAUGAUUACUUAGGGCAAGAAACGCUGGCAGAAAUCCAAACCUCGCCAGAAACAUCAGUGAGGGAAGUGAGAGCAGAUGGAGCAAGCACCCCCAAGUUAAGAGAACAGAACUGUGGGGAACCUGCCUCCCCAGCAGCAGCCAGCUCCAGACUCUGUGGGGAACAACCUGACAAGAAAAGCCACACAGGCACUGUGGCUGAGCAGAGCAGCGUAUCUGAAAGUGCGCGGAGUGAGGGAAGGAUGACUCCAAAGAGUGAUGUUACUGAAACUGGUCCUGUGCAGAGCAACAACUUGCAGGUCCCAGGAUCUUCAGAGCCAAGUAGCCUGAAAGGCUCCACGUCUCUGCUCAUUCAUUCAGCUGCCGAAGUUAGAAAAGAGCAGGGCACUGGCGGUCACUCGGAUACUUGAACGCCCGAUUCUCCCUGGAAGCAGCUUCUGUUACACUGGAGGUGACCACUACUGGUCUAGAAGAAUCACUGUUACAGUCUCCAUUUGCACUUAUCGCUGCAUGGUCUUCCUUGUGGUCCCAGACGAGGCCACGUGCACCUUCUUCCUACUGUGGCACUAGGAAUAACAGAUUCUGGGAAUAAUAUGAUUUGUUUCACGCAAAAGUUGGUGACAAC